AUGUCGACAGAUGGCAAAUCGUUCGCCGGAAGUGGCCGCCCGCUCCGGUCCCGACAAGAUGUCGCAGCCAUCGCUGCGCUGGCCUCCUACGGCGGCUCCGACUGGACUCGGGCUCCGAGGCGAAGGAGGAGGGCCCAGCCGCCCCGUGAGGGACCGUGGCGGCGGCGGCGGCGGCGACGAUGCCGAGCUCCACCCGGCCUCUCCGCCCUCCCAGGCGCUGCUGCUGCUGCCCCUCGUGGACUCAGCCCCGCCGUGGCUGUGAAGGAAGAUGUGGAAACAGGAGUUCACCUUGAUCCAGCUACCAAGGAAGUUCAGUAUAACCCAUCUUAUGAUACCAUGUUUGCUCCUGAGUUUGGGCCAGUGAAUCCAUUUAGGACUCAGCAGAUGGCUGCACCAAGGAAUAUGCUUUCUGGAUACACAGAACCAGCACACAUUAAUGAUUUCAUGUUUGAACAACAGAGAAGGACAUUUGCAACUUAUGGGUAUGCUUUGGAUCCCUCAAUAGAUAAUUAUGAAGUUUCUACUAAAUAUAUUGGAUCUGUUGAGGAAGCGGAAAAAAAUCAAGGUUUAACUGUGUUUGAAACAGGGCAAAAGAAAAUGGAGAAAAGGAAGAAAUUCAAAGAAAAUGACGCAUCUAAUAUUGAUGGCUUCUUGGGACCAUGGGCAAAAUAUGUUGAUGAAAAGGAUGUUGCAAAGCCUUCAGAAGAAGAACAAAGGGAGUUGGAUGAAAUAACAGCAAAGAGGCAAAAGAAAGGCAAACAUGAAGAUGAUAAACCUGGAGAAGAAAAGACUAUUUUGCAUGUCAAAGAGAUGUAUGACUAUCAAGGGAGGUCCUAUCUUCAUGUUCCUCAGGAUGUUGGAGUUAACCUACGUUCAACAGUACCCCCUGAAAAAUGUUAUCUUCCUAAAAAGCAAAUCCAUGUAUGGUCUGGUCAUACAAAGGGAGUCAGUGCUGUCAGGCUGUUUCCUCUUUCUGGCCACCUGCUGUUGUCCUGCUCCAUGGAUUGUAAAAUUAAGCUCUGGGAAGUGUAUGGUGAACGAAGGUGCUUACGAACUUUCAUUGGGCACAGUAAGGCUGUUAGAGAUAUCUGCUUUAAUAAUGCUGGGAGCCAGUUUCUUAGUGCGGCAUAUGACCGGUAUCUUAAACUGUGGGACACUGAAACAGGUCAGUGUAUUUCAAGAUUCACUAACAGAAAGGUUCCUUACUGUGUCAAAUUCAAUCCUGAUGAAGAUAAGCAGAAUCUUUUUGUAGCAGGAAUGUCAGAUAAGAAAAUCGUACAGUGGGAUGUUCGAAGUGGAGAAAUUGUUCAGGAGUAUGAUAGGCAUUUGGGUGCUGUCAACACUAUUGUAUUUGUGGAUGAGAACAGAAGAUUUGUGAGCACAUCUGAUGACAAGAGUUUGAGAGUCUGGGAAUGGGACAUUCCAGUAGAUUUCAAGUACAUAGCAGAGCCAAGUAUGCACUCAAUGCCUGCAGUGACUUUGUCCCCAAAUGGAAAGUGGUUGGCUUGUCAAUCCAUGGACAAUCAGAUUUUGAUUUUUGGAGCUCAGAACAGGUUCAGGUUGAAUAAAAAGAAAAUCUUCAAAGGUCAUAUGGUGGCAGGUUACGCUUGUCAAGUAGAUUUUUCACCUGAUAUGAGUUACGUGAUAUCUGGUGAUGCAGAUGGAAAACUGAACGUCUGGGACUGGAAAACUACUAAACUGUAUAGUAGAUUAAAAGCCCAUGAUAAAGUCUGUAUAGGUGCAGUGUGGCACCCACAUGAAACAUCUAAGGUCAUCACCUGUGGAUGGGAUGGUCUCAUUAAACUCUGGGACUGAAGGGUUUAAAUAUAGAAGUCUAAAUCUGCUAUCAGUUGGUGAACAUCAAAGAUUUCAGAACACCUAUUCUCCAGCAAAGACUGCCUGAAACCAGGACACUGACAUGAUUUUUCCAAGUUAUUCAGUGUUACAGUAUAUCCAUGCUAUAUUGGAAAUUCUGAAUACUUGAUUUCACAGGUUUCCAAGCUCAAGCUAUAAAGAAUUGAAAAUGAAACAGCCUAAAGUUAAAGCUCUUUGAUAAUCUUGUUAAUUAUUUUAAAAAUUAAAUACAUGAAACGGCAGAAGAGGUUGCUAUAGCUUUUGUGUUUAUGAAACUGAAGGUGAGACCUCACAAGUUCACAUCACUCUGUUUACUACACAAGUUGGAGUGAAAAAUGUAAAUAGAUGAAAGUGUAACAUAAUGAUGUACUGAUUACAGAAACUAUUUGGGAGUAUUUGCCAGUCUCUAAAUACAUGGAAUAUUGAUGAGAUUAUGCUGUGUGUAUACAGUUGGCCCUCUCCUUACGCAGGGGAUCCGUUCCGGAUCCCUCCGUUGUAAGGUGCAUUCGCCUAUGCUCAAGCCCUAUUGGAAACAGUGGGGCUUGUGCAUGGCGGCGCAGCGGUGCCAUGGGUGCACGUGGCCAUUCAAUAAU